AGUCCUAGUUUUAUCAAAACUGCUAUCAAACAAACUGAUCUGUUACGAUUGUUUGACACUGUUUGAGUGAAGUUUAAGACAUGCUUAACUUUAAAUUUUCAAUUCAGAAAUUUAAGAAUAUUCAUAGUUUGAGAUUGCAAGUGUCAAUCAACAAAAAUAACAAAAUUUGUACAAAAUCAAUAAUUUAGACUUCAUACAUACCUCAUUUUUUUCAGCAAAUUCAAUUGUAGAAUCUAUACUUUUGUUUUGUGCUUUCUUCUGUGCUUGAGCAUUUUUCUCAGCUUUGUAGUCUUUGGAGAAAACAUUCAGUACAAGUAUACUGAGAUCUCUGUUAAAUUCCUGUACAGGAUUGUAAAACACCUUCUCAGCCACUAAACUUAUUACAGCUGGACCUUCUUUAAUAGUUUUAUUGGUUGAAACUUCCAUAGCAAGAGUUCUCUGUGCAAAUAAAUUAACACAUGACCAGACUAUCAUCUACUCUGAAUUAAUUCUUAAUUAUAUUAUAUUUAUAUCGAUAUAGAAUCAGAUCUUGUUAAUAUUGCUAAUUUACUAACAUUGGUUUGAGGUUAGAGAAAUUACUGAGGUAAAUAAACAUCUACGUACUCGACUUGUUAAAUUGAUAAUAUUAUAAAAUACUUUUAAAAACAUAAAUAUUUAUAACGACUGAGAAACUUUGUUCUUCUUAACUCUAAGAAAUUUUCUGUUAUUAAAUACACACUUUUUUGUGGGUUUGUUUUUUUUUUUUUUUUUUUUUUAAUAUGGUCUUGUUCCGUUAUACACGGAAAUUUUGCCAACAUCCAUAUAUAUAUUUUUGUAAUUGGGUUACGUCAGUCAUAUCCACAGACCAAAUAUUUUUGUAAUUUGGGUUACGUCAGUCAUAUCCACAGACCAAAUAAAGAGGAGGUAUACUGCCUACUUACUCUUUUUAAAUUUAAGAAAUACAUGAUGAGACGUGCGAGCAAAAAUAUAUCGAUUAUGAUACGAAUUUGAUAUUUGAAAAUAAAUAUCGAAAGCCGACAUAUUGCGAAAAAUAUCGCUGAUUUAUAUCGUUUCUUUUUUUUUUUUAAAUACAUCGAUAUUUUGAUAUGUCGAUAGUUUUUGCCCAAUCCUAUGUUGACCAAAAGUCAAAGUUUGAAGUUUUGAAGAAUCUGGAAAAAUAACCUUUAACGGUACUGACUGAAAUAUGUAAUAAAUAUUAUAGUUUUAAAUGAACUGUCGCAUUUAUUCUUACACAUUGAAAUAAAAAGUUAACAAAAUGCAAUCCGCUAGUGUUUUACUUAGGAACUCUAUUUUAUUUCACCCUACGUUGAAGAGUUCACAAUUGUCUCGUAAUAUUUCCAAAGUUGCAUCACAUAAAAAACCGGUAGAUGUCAAAAGAGUAUUUUCGUCAACCAGAUACUAUUCUUUAAUAAAAAAUUCUAGGAUUUGUUGGUAUAGUAAUAAUGGCUUUUGGCCAGUUCAGAAACAAAUUGGUGUUGUGAGGUUAUAUUCUACUAAUAACAAAAAUGACCCACCGGAGGAUGAUCCCGAAGUCAAGGAUGAAACGCCGCUAUUUUCCAGUCAAUUACCAGCCACAGUGGCUGUUCCAGAAGUUUGGCCACAAGUACCUGUUAUAGCUAUAAAUAGGAAUCCAGUCUUCCCAAGGUUCAUCAAGUUGAUUGAGAUAUCAAAUCCUGCACUUAUAGACUUAAUAAGACGAAAAGUGAAAUUAAACCAACCAUAUGUUGGUAUAUUUUUGCGCAAGAAAGAAGACGAGAAGUCUGAUGUUGUUUCAAAUUUGGAAGAUUUACACCAAGUUGGUGUUUUUGCACAAAUCCAUGAGAUGCAAGAUAUGGACUAUAAACUGAGGCUGGUAGUGAUGGCACAUCGACGAAUUAAGAUCACUGGUCAAUUUGUUGAAGAAGAAAUUGAGACUGGUCCAGCGGAAUCAGAUGCAGAGAGGCGACGGCGCAAACACCGGAACACACGUAAACAGCGCUCAGAGCCGGAACAAACAGAAACUGAAGAGGCCCCUAAGAAACCUCUUCCUGACCAAGUUAUGAUGGUCAAAGUUGAGAAUAUGAUGCACGAGAAGUUCCAACAGACUGAGGAAGUUAAAGCUUUAACACAAGAAGUUAUUAAGACUAUUAGAGAUAUUAUUAAUCUGAAUCCAUUAUACAGGGAGUCGCUGCACCACAUGCUGGCGCAGGGGCAGCGCGUGGUGGACAACCCCGUGUACCUCAGCGACCUGGGCGCCGCGCUCACCGGCGCCGAGCCCGCCGAGCUGCAGGCCAUCCUAGAGGAGAUGGACAUUCCAAAAAGACUGAUGAUGUCUCUUUCCCUGUUGAAGAAAGAGUACGAACUAUCAAAAUUGCAACAGAAGAUCGGCAAGGAGGUAGAAGAGAAAGUGAAACAGCAGCAUAGAAAAUAUAUUCUGCAUGAGCAACUCAAGGUAAUAAAAAAAGAGUUGGGCUUGGAGAAAGACGACAAAGAUGCAAUUGGGGAGAAGUUCCGGGAACGGCUUGCGGACAAGAAGGUGCCGCCCGCCGUGCAGACCGUCAUCGACGAGGAGCUCAACAAACUCAACUUCCUAGAGAGUCACAGUUCCGAGUUCAAUGUGACGCGGUGCUACUUAGACUGGUUGACAUCUCUACCGUGGGGCAUAACGUCUGAAGAGAACCUGAAGCUGGAGGACGCUCAAGUGAUCCUCGACGAAGACCACUACGGCAUGGAGGACAUCAAGAAGCGGAUCCUGGAGUUCAUCGCCGUGUCCCAGUUGAAAGGAACGACCCAGGGCAAGAUACUAUGCUUCCAUGGACCGCCCGGGGUCGGGAAGACUAGUAUAGCUCGAUCGAUCGCGCGCGCGCUGAACCGGCAGUACUUCAGGUUCUCGGUGGGCGGCAUGACGGACGUGGCGGAGAUCAAGGGCCACCGCCGCACCUACGUGGGCGCCAUGCCCGGCAAACUGGUGCAGUGCCUCAAGAAGACCGCCACCGAGAACCCGCUCGUGCUCAUCGACGAGGUGGACAAGAUCGGCAAGGGCGUGCACGGCGACCCGUCGUCCGCGCUGCUGGAGCUGCUGGACCCGGAGCAGAACGCGGCGUUCCUGGACCACUACCUGGACGUGCCCGUGGACCUGGCGCGCGUGCUCUUCAUCUGCACCGCCAACGUGGUGGACCACAUCCCCGACCCGCUCCGGGACCGGAUGGAGCUCAUCGACAUGUCCGGUUACGUGGCGGAGGAGAAGCUGGCGAUAGCGCAGCAGUACCUGGUGCCGACCGCGCGUAGGGGUUGCGGCCUGGACGAGCGGCAGCUGCAGCUGUCCGCCGACGCGCUCGCCGCCCUCAUACGCUGCUACUGCCGCGAGAGCGGCGUCAGGAACCUGCAGAAGCACAUCGAAAAGAUUGCUCGUAAAGUGGCGUACAAGAUAGUGAAGAGUGAAUGUUCGGAGGCCGUCGUGACCGAGGGCAACCUGUCCGAGCUGGUGGGCAAGCCGACGUUCAAGCACGACCGCAUGUAUGACGUCACACCGCCCGGCGUCGUCAUGGGCCUCGCCUGGACCGCCAUGGGCGGCAGUUCCCUGUACAUCGAGACCGCCCUCCGCGCGCCCGCGGUGGAGGUGGCGGGUGCGGGGGAGGGGGAGGGCGAGAAACCGUCGCUGGGUUCGCUGGAGCUGACGGGCCACCUCGGGGACGUGAUGAAGGAGUCCGCGCGCAUCGCGCUCACCGUCGCCAGGAACCACCUGGCCGCGAUACAACCGCGCAACCGGUUCCUCCACCACAACCACCUCCACCUGCACGUGCCGGAGGGCGCCACGCCCAAGGACGGCCCCUCGGCGGGCGUGACCAUCACCACCGCGUUGCUCUCGCUAGCCCUCGCCCGCCCCGUGCCCCCCCACCUCGCCAUGACCGGGGAGGUCUCGCUCACGGGCCGAGUGCUGCCCGUCGGCGGCAUCAAGGAGAAGAUCAUCGCCGCUAAAAGAGUGGGCAUAACCAGUGUUAUCCUUCCGGAGGAGAACCGUCAUGAUUACGACGACCUGCCUCAGUUCAUACGCGACGACAUCGACGUACACUUCGUGCAGAACUACGACGAUGUGUUCCGGGUCGCGUUCGGAGAUAAGGUCUUGGACGCCAAACAAAAUUAGACUCUAGUGAUAUGUAGAUAUAGUUGAACUUUACGACAGUACAUAGUAACGAGGUUGAUUAUUCCAUUAUAUUUGUUCUUAUUGUAAGUUAAUCGUUAUUGUAGAGGACAUGCACUAUACUUUAAAAUUUGUUUUAAUAAGUUCAGUUCAGUUUCAUCUUGCAUUUAUAAUAGAGAUAUUUGUAAAAGAAACAUUACCUCAUCAUAUCACAAUACCUAGUCUCGAAAUUAAAGGAUAGCCUUUGUGUGUUUUUAAGCCUGUAGUUAUUUAUUUCGAAUUGAUUUCUCUAUCAGAAUUUUAAGUCUUCAUUCAUACUCUGGUAUUUACAGUAGAUAACCUAUUAUAUAUGUUUAAAAUUCAAAUAUCAAGAAAUUUUACCUAUAUAUAAAUUAUAAUGUACAUUGUAUAUAAUUAAUUAUCAUGUAUUUGUGUAAGCACACAGGGUCAAUGAUGAAUCAACAGUCUUGGUGUCUAUACAGCUCAAGUUACAAUAGGUCAGCACAGAAUUAUUUCGAUAUCGGAGAUAGUUACUGACCUUAUGUAAAUUCAGCUUAUGGUACAAGUUAAGUCUGGAGGAGUCGAUUAGAGGCAUGCCGAGUCGAAUCAAACCGCAUCGACUCAGCACAUAUAUCUCGUCGCUAAUGUAAGCUGUUUCAAUAUAAGUAUUAAAUGCUUCAGGAGUGAUUUAUUACGAUUUGAUUCAAUUUUACUCUGCAAGUCUAAUUAAGGCUAAGGUUUAAAAUAGUUUGUGAGCCAGUGAUAGUAGGCCAAAUGAUAUGACACGUGUACUAAACAGUCUAUUCGAUACUUGAUAGUGAAAACUCGUCGUAAGUUAUACACAAUAAGACUCUAAUUUCAAUAUUAUAUCGUGAGUAGAGUUAUUAUAUGUAUUAUACGUAAAAUGAGCAUUAAUACUUUAUAAUUGAAACAUCUUUCGGCUGUUGGUUACUUUGCUUUUCUUCAUAGAAUAUAGUGUCGCAAACGAUAUGUAGACAAUAUUUAGAUAUCAGUAGAAUGUAAUUAUUUGCGAAUGCAGUUUAAAUUCAAGCACAAUGUAAACUUUAUGGAUGCCUGACUUUUGUGUUUUAAUAUUAGAUAGUUGUUUGUGUGUUCUAUGAUUGUUGACAAUGAAUAACCAUAUUGACAUGGAAAACCUUGAUAAAGUUUACAGUUUACAGAUAAAGUAUUCAAAGAUAAUUUUAUGCAUGAUGGGUGUUGCUCUGUUGUAUGUUAUUAUAUCUAUAAAGAAGUUAUCUUAUUAAUCGCGUAGUUUUAUUAGCUAUCCCAUCUGUUCCAAUUUCUACAAUAACAUGUUAGAAAUAUAGUGAAAUUAAACUAUGUGUUUUAUAUUCCAUUUUGAUGUGCCAGGUUGAUGGAAUCAAGGAAGAGGCCUACUCCUGUUAGCAGUAUAUGGGAGGACAUAAAUCUUCAGAUAAUCAUAAUAAAUAGUUAACUUUUUCAAAUAUUGUUUUAUUUAUAUGCAUUGCACAGUUAUAACUGAUACGUAGACUAAUGUACAUACUAGGUAAUAUUAUAUAACAAUUAAUUAUUUCUUUAAAUGUUUUCUACCUUCUUCAAGUAGCUGUAUCAGAACAGGAUAAACUUCAUCAUAUGUAGCAAUUUGGUUUUGCCUCACAUGAUUCUGAUACCGUUGUAAUGCACCUGCAACAAAUUCAAGCCUUUCUUUUUCAUUCUUAUGUGUGUCAAGCCACUGCAUGAGCUUCUGUAUGUUCCAACCGGCACAAGUGUGAGGGGCUAACAGUUGAGGUCCAGCAUGGGAAAACAAAAACAUCAUCACUAAAGAGUAUGGUAAACAUGCUCCUUCAGACUGGCUCUUGGCAAUUUCUUGGGGUGUCUUCUCUAAUAUCAAAUGUAAAGCUUUCAGUUGCCUAUAAUGAUCUCCAAGUUCAGACACAUCAUUCACCAAAGGAGAUAAUGCUACUUCUAAAUGUUUGCAAUCAAUUUGAAGUUUUAUUCUACCAAAUUUGCUCAGAGGCCUUGUGUUACAAACAUGUUGUAUAAACCUCUCUAUGCAUGCUAUGGCAAUGUUCAGGCAACAUUCAUUAAGAGCUGAUUUCUCUUGAAACAUUGAUAGGUAAAUGUCUUUACAUCUCGACACAAAUUGUUGAAGUUCUUUCAUAUAAGGUGAACAGGAUAAGGUUUUACCCAUAGGAUCGUCUGCUCUUACUAAAUCUGGUUCAUCGUGCAUUGUCAUAAGAAUGAUGUACAGAGAGUUUUUUAUUGAUUCAGCAAAUAAUUGCAGAACAGGCAUGCUUGUUAUGUCUUUGAGGCUAUUCUGUACUAUUUGAAUGCUUUCUGCAGGAAGCAUGGUAUUCAUGUUGACAAGAACUCUUUUGAUUUGUGAUGAAAAAUAAUACAAAGAAUUGCAGAGAUCUGCAUUCUUCUGUUGAGAGCUUGUUGGUGAUUCUAUUAUUUGAGCAACGUCACUAUCCAUAGACAACCUUUGCUCGGCUUCCAUAUUCAUCUGUUUGAUGGAUUUUGCUACGCUGUUUGCUAAGCUAAUACUUAGCUGUUUAUCACCAAGUGAUAUGCUGAGUGCUUCAGCUAUCACUCUUAUUGCAUUGUCAAUUUGGUCCAUGCUGGGUACUUGGCUCAGAUGCCACAUAGUUCUAACAGGCUCCAGCAGUUUCCCUAACGAUUUUGAUAAGAAUGAAUUUUCCCAUUUCAUCAUACUCGAUCUGUUCAUUUCCAAAUCUUUAUAUUUAAGUUUUGAAAGCAAAUCAUUGAAACAUUUGAGUAAUUUGGGAUAAUCAAUCUCCAUAGAUUGAUUUACAUUUUGUGGACUCUUUUCAAGUUCAGUACUAAAAAUUUGUAGUAAGUUACUCCAAAAAUUUUUUGUUAUGUUUCUGAAGUUCCCUAUAGCAUGCAACUCAUUUAUGGCGUUCUGUAACAUUAUCACUUUUGCACAUCCAUUAUAGAUUUCUAUUUUGAAUAAUUUCUCUAUGUUGUCCCAUAGUUUCAUUUUGAAAUCUUGUGCAUUCAUGAUAUUCGCUUUUCCUGGUGCUACACGUCCAGAGCUUGAUUUUUUUACUUCUAUUGAAACCAUUUGUACAUUUAAGCUCGUGGCAAUGUCUCUCUGCAAUUCAUUAAGAAUAUUCUGGACAGUAUUUCUGAUUUGUUCUUCAGUACAUUGUAAGUUAUGAAAAACUUUAAAGCACUGAAGUAAUUUAGUCUUGUCACCAUUUAAAAGACUAGACUGUAAUGCGGCUAUAGAAUUUGUGAGCAAUUCUUUUCGUCUAGAUUCCACUUCUUUCAAAACCUCUUCUAACAAAACAAUGCCUGCAAAGUCAUAAUCACCUAUUAACUCGUCAAGUUCAAAAAGGAUAAUGGCUUCUUUAGCAGGAUGGUCUCCAACAUUUAUAAGUUUAUUCCAUAAAGCUAUUAUUUUAGUGCUGUGUCUAAGUAGAUUGCAGGUAGUUUGAACUCUCUCAAGCAUUAUAGUUUGAUUUUCGAGAGCAAAAUAGGGAAUAUGUAUGCGAUCUUGAAGUUUUUCGGCACCUUUUAGUAGAUUCUGCACUUGAUUUUGUACAGAUGCUAAUGUUGUUUCUAAAUCAGUUAUGUGGCUAGCUUGAGUGAGAAGAUCAUUAUGUUUAGCCAACACUUGCUUUUCUAGGGUUUUACCCAGUUUUUCAAUACCUAAAGCGAGUUUUGUAACUUGGUCAGUGACUGAUAUAGUUUCACCGGUUAAUGGUUUUAUAUUUUCAUCUAGAAACUUACUAUAGAACGCGUCAUUUUCAAUUUCAACACAGACGUCUUUGGCGUCCAUGAUUAAUGAAAAUUACAGAAAAUAAAAGCCUUCUCUUCUCAAAAUCCAAACACCGAGACCACAGAAUUGAAAUUAUGACAUUUUGAGAAUGACGUGACUUAGGGAUUAAUCGAUUUUUCAGAUAAUCAGUUGCUAUCGAUUAUGAUUUCAUAAUCGACGAU